AUGGGUUCUGCGACCGCUUCUCCAGAGACAAGUCCGACGAGAGCUGACCCGACAAGGAGACUCGGAAAUGAUGUGUACCCUUUUAAGGUGACUGGUGAAGAGCAUUAUUCAGUUGGUGAAAACGGUGAUAAUUUCUCCUAUUACGACAAAUCCGAUAACCAAGACUCUGGUGUCCUAAGAAAAGGUCGAGGCACUUUCCGGGGACCUACUUCUAAUAACGAAUCCCAACAACAAGAACAAGCACCUCGGGCUCCUAGAGGACGUGACUUUGAUGCUACGUCUUUAAGACAGUACCCUCCUAAAGGUAGCGAAAAACCACAAAAAGGAAAUAAUAGAAAAAAAUCCAAAUCAGUAAGACGUCAAAACAGUAACGACGGACAGGUUGAUUCCGAAAGUGGUGACUCUGGCAGUGAUGGGAACAUUACCGAUGAGGUUAAUAAACUUGCGUUGACCCUUGAGACCACUUCCAUUAUCGAAAACGGCAAGGAGAUUAAACAAAAUAUGCAGCAACAAUAUAAUGAAGUUUCCUCGCCUUCAGCUUCUCUAGAACGAAACUCGCAACAAUCCACCGUUGAAGAAUGGGAAAAAGUUGCAGAGAGCGAUUUGAUUCUAAAAGGAUCAGUGUUUGCUCAAAUUGAUAGCCAAUCUGAUUAUAGACAAAAAACAGAUGGUCAAAAAACAGACAAUGGACAAAGACCUUUUAAAAAAGGUCAUAAAAAAAGUAAAAGCAGCAAAAUUGAAUUCAAUUUUGAUCCAGAUGCAUAUGAAGGGUCAACCCGUAUUCUAGACAUCUUUGAUUUUCCAGCAUCUUUCAAAACUCAUCAUCUCCACGAAAUAUUCCAAGAAUAUGAAAGUAUGCGAGGUGGUUAUCGCAUUAAAUGGAUGGAUGAUACACGCGCUUUAAUUAUCUUUGAGCAUCCUGCUACCGCACGGAAAGCUUAUUUGGACAAUGUCAAUAAUCAAAUGGCACAAAUUAAACCAUAUGAUGGACCAACUGAUUUUCUUCAAAAGAAAGAUCCAAACAAUGCACAGCCUCGUGCACGUCCAGUUACUACCGACAUGGUCGCUAAACGUCUUGUUGCUGGUGCUUUAGGCGUUCGCGUUCAAAAAUCUCCUGAGCAACGGCAAGCUGAACGUCAAUUACUUCAAAAUGCUAGAGAGACUCGUGAACAAAAACGUUUUGAUACUCUUAGACGUUCUCAAGAUUUGGAUGCCGCUUUUAAUGAGUAA